ACAGACGACGACAGCCAGAUGAUGGCCGAUUGGGCGAGCGAGCAAGCAGUGGAAGCCGUUCUGCAGGAGAUAAAGGGCCACAAGGACUGGGAGGUCCUGCGCGCCAUCAUAGACGGCGAGGACGAAGCGUUGCAGCAGGAUGAAGCCGACUGGGAAACCGAAGAAGCCAAGAAGCAGCGCAGCCUUCACGCGAACGCCUGCUGCAAGGGCCAUCCGCCCUCGGCCGGCAACAUGAGGCCCUGCCAGAUGAGCGCCUACCAGCGCCUCGACAACGGCAUCACGCCGAUCAUAUUGGCCUGCGUCCUCUCUUUCGUGAUCCACCCCGUUCUCAUGCUGCUGCACAGGAUGGCGCUGCGAGUGUUCCCGUCAACCCUGCGACUGCUGGUCGGCCUCGAGGUGCCGGCGUUGCUCGUGAUCAAGACGUUCAUGUUCGCCCUGCCGGUGGGCGUCGCGUCGCUCUUCGUCGACGAGAUGCGCGAUGCCGAGGACGGCGUCGCCACCACGAUCGCCUUCCUCAUCAGGCUGCUCAUCAACGCGACGAUCGUCGUCUCCGGGGGCGGCAACCUUCCACUGUUGCUGACGUUCUUCAAGAGAAUGGGGGCGCGGAUCAUAUUCGUGGUGAUGCUGUACACCUACGAGAAGUACAGCAAGUACCUGGUCUGCCAGCGGCCCACGCUGGCCGGUCUGUACGAGCCGGCACAGUGCGUGUUGCCGUCUUGGUGCAAGCUAGCCCAGGAAAGCAGCGACCCGGAGGACACGUUCCGGAGGGCCUCCUGCUUGUACCAGAGGCUUGCCAUGUCUGAAGAAGGAGCGAUGCUACAGUCGCACCACGAGCAGUACGGCCAGAACCUGAACAACUUCGCGCGAGACAACGCAAUCGGAGCGUGCGUUUGGGUCUCCACGAUGGUCGUGUCGCUGUUGGUGACGUUCGACAUGGCCAAGACCGUGUACGCCGACGUGCUGGCUAGUUGGCGCCUGUUUCGGCGAUACAGGGAGAAGCGCCGUGGAGGACUGGGCUGGAGAGCCGCCCUGCGAAUGGCGGCCCAAGGAGCGCUCGGCGAAGCGUCGGAGCAAGACGAGGCGACACCCAGCGGUUCCAGUGUACCUGUGACGGACUCCUCCCCAGGACCGAGGUCACGCUGAGACGAAGGCGCCUCGCGAUGAACGAUAACCUUGCCUUGGUUCAAAUUUCGGCGGCGGGAUCCGACUGCAUGCGGCCACCCGAAUAACAAUUAUUGUUGCGCGAAUUCGCGUAUGACAGACCCGCAAGAGCAAUGUCCUGGACGUAAAAUUCGUGUCAUGCAUACUGCGUGAAAUACAGGCUAAGCGUCUGUGAACCUUCGAUGACGUCACUGGCUCAUCUGAGCUCACCUCGGACGAUUCUGCCAAAGCAGCACGGGUCACUAUAUGUUUUUUUAAUAUUGUGUCGUGCCGAAAGUUUACCUGAUCCUUUCACUGAAAAUUUGUCGUUAUUCCGCUCGUAUAAAUUAUUUUCUGCUCGUUUUCAUUCUCUGCAUACACUUCCUAGUCAUGUUACUCGCGCGCCGUCUUUCACUCAUUAUACUGUCUCAAUUAUGUACUCAAACACAUUGUCGAAUAAAGGCAUCGCCGC